GAAUUCUCGCUCCGUGCAUGGCGUCGGAAUCGGGCAUACAGGAGCCGGGAUCUCCAGUGGAGACAGAAAAGCACCUGUCUCUGGGGAGAAACUUACUCUGAGAGUGCAAUAGGAGUUACGCUCGCAACUAGCACGAGCCACUUGGAUUGCCUGGGAGUUGGGGUUAUUCAGGGUCUGGUGAAUCAGGGAGUGUGUGUAAUCGAGGCAGUAUUAACAUAUAGUCUGUACCAAGGGCCCAGAUUGGGGUGGUAAUGAUUUGCAUAGUGCUUUCCACACUUUUGCCACACAUUGUAAGCUCUGUGGGGCUGAGACUGUGUUGUUCUGCCCCGCUUUAAUUAGUGAACAUGGGAUAAAUGUUGAGCAUUGAUGUGAUUGGCGGAAGAUCAUGUAAGAAGCUGUUCUUUCGUGCUGGGAGCAUGAAGAGAUGUUCACUCCCAUGCGACCGUUAAGCUUAAAUAUUUUGAAUUGGCAUUUAGGGAACUAGCAUGAAGCUGCACCAGGAGGAAAUGGUUACAGGCAGGGUGGUUUUCAAAAGGGAAAGGACAUGAAUUGGCUGUGGAAGCCCAGUUUUAUGGAGACUGAUCUCUUAUUUGGCAAAAACCUGCCAAUCAGCUCCUAGCUGUCUGCAUCUGUUUCGUUUUGAUGUCAAGUUACGUCUUGAUGCUGUGUCUUGGAGAUGUGGUGUCCAAAGAAGAACCAGUUGGUCAACUGAAGUGCUGAUAGUGCCGGGUCAGGACUGCGGGAGAAGGGCUUAUUCUGGCUGUUAUACCUGGGAGCUGGGAUCCUGGUUUUAACACCCUGGGCUGGGCUGUGCGGAGACCCCUGAGCCAGACCCAUUAGUUGUUAGUGUGACACUCUGUCUGCUUGCUUAGCCCCCUGGGGUUUUAAUGCCUUUGGAGAAGGGAUCCGAGCACUGGCAAAAUGUCCCAAGUGCCUGAGAUGGGCAGGGCCGUGGUUUCUCUGGGCCGUGAGAAGUCCAGCCACUCAUAACAGCUUAGGGAAGACUAAAGGAGAGCAGUUGGCAAAACCCCUGAAGCAGGAGCCAUCAACUGGCCCCCCCUCCAGCCCAUGUUCGCCACACGCUCUUAAGGGGCGUUUGAAAGGGAGGUCAUUGAAAUGUUACAUCCCGUCCAUGAGAGGCACAAACAGGGGCCAGCAGCUGCAUUCCUGGUGGGAUGUUUGCUGUCUCUCUCUCAGCAGGGGUAUACGCUGCAGCUUUCCCGGUGUCUACCCCCAAACGUACCAAAAACCAGAUCCAUGUAAAAAUCCCAAACUCUUUUGCCCCUGCCCAAAUAUGGGGCUUUUGAAGGUUUGUACUGCUGGGUGUCAGGUUUCUCGAGGAUUUCUCCAGACUUGUGAGCACUGGAAAUUAAUUGAAGUCUGACAUUCUGCCCAUACUCAAAUGACCCCAGGAGCUGGGGCUUUGGGGGAGAAAACCCACCACGUGUCGUGAGACUUGUGAUUGAAUUCCCAAGAGUUGGCUACGCUAGUUGGGUGGGUUGGGACCCGCCCAGAGCAACAGGCUCCCAUCAGGAAGGGAGGGGAGCCUGUGCUAUGCCUGGUGCGAAAAGGGUCCCCAAUGUUUGUCAGCAGCAAUGAGGGGACCCCCAAUCUCUGUUGAGAGGAGCCCAUCCAUCAUCUGACUUGAUGGGGGACCCCGACUCUCGGUCAGUGAGGGCUUGCCUGGCACAACAGGGGCCCCCCUCUGGUGACUGCUGUAAUAGCAGUGAUCGAUAAGAGUGCGUGCGUUAGGGAGUAGCCACCUGGUGUACGUUGGUUUGUUAAGGGCACUCAUGGUAUAUCGAAGGUGUGGAGCAGGCACUGGAGGGCGGAGCCCUCUUGCCAGCGGUGGGCAGGUGAGCCGCGGGAGCCCGGUAGGCAGCAGAUAAAACCAGGCUUCUGGUGGUUUUGGCUGGGCCGCAGGGAUUAUAUUUUUGGAGGCUGAAGGGCUGCUGAACGGUCCCUUCUCUGUGCUGUGCAGCCGGUGCCGGUAUGUCUUUAUUGCAGGGGAUCACCUGGUGCCGUUUAUCUGGAUUGCUGGGGGAUCUUCAUCCGUCCGGCACUCUCCGUGUGUGCUUGGGGUGGCCGCAGCUGGCCACCUUUCUUUCUGCUCCAGGAGCCAGCAGUUUGGAGGCUGGCUUGGUAGAAGGUGCUCCAAAUUGUGCCCAAAGCUUAGGGUUUGUUCUUGUCGCCUCCGUGAACUUUGCUGGGCCAGACUCCCAUUCUGCUCUCACCAGGCCUUUUUCAUUUGUGAAUCUGAAGAAGCUCCUACGAGGUAUGGUGGCAAACACAGCCAGGAGGUUCCCAAGGCAGGCGUCUAAAUCUGUGGCUGUGUGAAAGUAUCGUAUAGGGAGUGGUUUGGGAUCGGCUGGACCGAGUCGGAGGGAAGAAAAAUCUGAGGACCAAAAUCUGCAGGGCCUCAAGGACAAGUCCCCAAAGGCCAAAAAGAUGAAGAAGGAGAAGCAGAGGGAAGCCGAGCCGGCCGAGGCGGGCAAGGCGGAGACGUCCGAAGGAGCCGGGACCGCCCCGGCUGCCCCCGAGGCCUCAGCCUCUCCCAAGCAGCGGCGCUCCAUCAUCCGGGACCGCGGCCCCAUGUACGACGACCCCACGCUGCCUGAGGGCUGGACUCGCAAGCUCAAGCAAAGGAAGUCAGGCCGCUCGGCAGGAAAGUACGAUGUCUACCUGAUCAACCCCCAGGGCAAGGCCUUCCGCUCCAAGGUGGAGCUCAUCGCCUACUUCGAAAAGGUAGGAGACACCUCUCUGGACCCCAACGAUUUCGACUUCACGGUGACAGGCCGGGGCAGCCCCUCGCGGCGAGAGCAGAGGCCCCCCAAGAAGGCCAAAGCUCAGAAGGGCCCUGGGACGGGGCGCGGGCGGGGCAGGCCUAAGGGCAGCGGCUCGGCCCGGCCCAAGGCUGCCGCCUCGGAGGGCGUGCAGGUCAAGCGGGUGAUCGAGAAGAGCUCCGGCAAGCUGCUGGUCAAGAUGCCGUUCCAGGCGGGGGCGCCGGGGGGCGCCGGGGGGGCGGGGGGCUCGGCCACCACCUCAGCAGCCCCAGGGGCGGGCGGGCGGCGGCCCGGGCGCAAGCGGAAGUUGGAGUCGGACCCCCAGACGCUGCCCAAGAAGCGGGGGCGCAAGCCGGGGGUGGCGGCGGGGCCCGUGGGGCCAGCAGUGGCCGAGGCCAAGAAGAAGGUGGUGAAGGAGCCGUCCUUCCAGGCCGUGCAGGAGACGGUGCUGCCCAUCAAGAAGCGCAAGACCCGCGAGGCCGUGGCCCUGGAGGUGGCCCCCCCGCCCCCUGAGCGCAGCCCCAAGGGGCCCCGUCCCGGGCGCCGGAGCAAAGAGAGCAGCCCCAAGGGGCGAGGGGGCCAUGCUGCCCCUACCUCCCCCUCCCCCAGCCGGAAGGAGCCACAGCCGCCCCACCAGCCGCCCCCCGAGCCUCUGGCCCGGCCCCCCCCCAGCCCCAAGGACAGCGUGAGCCCCCCCGAGGCGCAGGACUUGAGCAGCAAGGGGCAGCCAGAGAGUGACGGCUGCCCCCAGGAGCCGGCUAAGACUCAGCCGCCCGCCCCGCUCUACAAACACCGAGGGGAAGGGGAGCGCAAAGACGCUGUGUCCACCUCCUCCUCGGCGCCCCCGCCCGCCGCCCUGCCCCGGCCCAGCAGCAGGGACGAGGCCGUGGAUACCAGGACGCCGGUCUCGGAGCGCGUCAGCUGACUUUGGGCGGCCCACGGCUAGCGGGAUGGACGGACAGACAGACACACACACACAUACACACACACACACCCCCCAAGACGAGAGGCAGCUGCUCCCGGGUUUCCCUUCCCCUAACAAUAAGGGUCUAGCGAUUUAUCUGAGUGGCACCAGCUUGGGGGGGGCAAGGGAUCUUACACCCACCAUGAUGAAACUUCACAUCUGCCGGUUGGCAUCUGAGCUGCGGCAGGGCCAGACCAGAAUGUUCCCUGCGUUAGAAACUUGGGGAACCCCACUCUCUGGCUAUAAAAUUUGGAGCAGCCAGUAGCCUGUAGCCCCCUGGACAUCCCCCUUUUCCCAGCCUGUCACGUGCAAAAAAAAACAAGGGUUGGUGGUUGAAGUGCGAUUUCAUUGGGACCCCCAAGAGCAGGAAGCCAAAGGGGGCAGUGCUUGGAUGGUAUUUUCACCCCAUUCUUGUUCCUACAUGGCCAGCUCAGCUGUUCUAUCCCCAGACCCUCCCCAAUGAAGACUCUGAGCCCCGUUUCCCACCCCCAUGCUAGCUUUGCCACUCAACCCACCCCCACGUGAAAUUGCUCCCUGCCAUCAGCUGAUACCAUCUAGAGUUUAAUGGGAGACCUAACGUUUGGGCUUGGUUUCUCUUUUCAAGGUGGGGGGGACAUGAUUUCCUUUUGGUUUUCUGAUUUAUUUUUAAACGCACCCCCAUAAUGCCCCGAAGCAUCAGAUUUUUAUAUACUUACCUGUAUAUUGCAUUAUAAAUCAGUGGGGAUUGAAUUGCUUUUCUUUUUCUUUUCUUUUCUUUUUUCUUUUUGUUCCUCUCUUUCUGCUUGUGACUGACAACAGCGACUGAGGGGGAUUUAAAAAAUUCCCCCCAAAGCACCUGGCUGGGGGGGAGUGCAAUCUCCCUCUUGCUUCUUUUACAGUAUCCCUGCUACUUACUAGCACAGGGUAAGGGACAAUAAACAGACCCUUCCAACCUGCCUGGCAGUAGCUUUCUCUGUGACCAGAGCUGUGAUCUUAGUGUUUCUGGUUCUCUCUCUAAAGGGACCCCCACCCCGGCUCCAGAGUGGAGGGACGAAGGGGGCAGCUAAUGCUCUAGGGUUGGGUUUUUUGCACUCCUCUGCUUGUGUUUCAAUUCCUGAAUGUCUUUGAUCCUGGCGGGGGGAUGCCCUUGGAAGCAUCCAUAGCAAUGAGUAGACUGCUUGGAUCCUGGCUGCUGUGGGCCGGGAAAUCCCAUAGUGGCAGAAUUGGGACCCCAAUGGGUUCAGGAUCAUGCCCUUCAUUGCUCUCACCAACCCCGUGUGCAUCUUGGGUGAGCCAAACUGCCCUGCGUGCAUCGCUGCUUCCUCUUUGGACGCUCGGUCAACCGUAGAACAACGCGUCUCCGGCUGGCGUCGAGUGGGCAUGACUGCCUGCUGGCCACCCGGCCCUCCGUCGUCGCAAUGGAGCACAUGAGCACUUUGAGCAGCCACGUGGCCAACUGGCAUAGACUGGACUGAUUCCUUAGGCAAUGCACACAUACCCGCUGGGUGACGUAACUGGAGGUCCCUCUGGAGCUAGGAAGACCUGGUCUUUGUGUUCCUCAAUAUUUCCCCACUGACGGGAGCAGGGUGUUGUGCCCACGAUGGCUUGCAAUCUGGGGCUAUACUUAAAGACCAUUCUGGCUCCCACCCUUUCAUUUAAGUUAGCAAUAGCCGCUCGGGAGGUAGCAGUUUUGAAUUGCUGUUCUUCCAAAAGACGAGUAGCCCGAGCAUUCAACUUCCAAGGGGAGGGGGCGGGAAGAUCCCGAAGUGUCCAGAUGCUUCCACCACAGUUGUCCUCCUGCCCUCUUCCGGAUCCAACCCCCCCCCCACCCACUCCCCGCUCCCCAACCCUUGGGCUGGGAUUUCACCCUGGAUGGGAAUAGAGGAGAUGCUGUGGGAUUCCUCCACCACCCACAUGCAAUCUGUUGAGUGCAAAAACUUAAAUACAUUGGUAAACUUCUCGCCCUCCUGAGGGUCAGGGGCCGCAUCCUUUUUCCUCUGCUUCCGUCAGACAACAUCUUUCCGCUUUCAAGACUCAGUAGUGAUUGUCAUAUGACCAAAUAUUACCAGGACUGUUAAUCAGUAUAUGCUGAGUGCUUGCCCUUUGUAUACAGAUGUAAACUCCCCGUGUAUAUCCGACUCUUUCUAGCAAGAGGAUGUUUUGUUACUUUUUUUGCCUUUUUGGUUUUAAACAAGUUGAUCUUUUAUCUUGUUGAAAAUUCCAGAGAGAGAGAGACACAGAGAAUUGGGAUUUUGGUUCACUUUUAGUUUUCCCUGCCUCUGCUAGUCGUUUUUUUUUUUUUUGGGGGGGGGGGGGACAAAACCCGUGGUGUUUCGAGACUUUAUAUUUGUGUGUCAUUUCUUUUAGUCUUGCCCAGUCGAGUUUAAAAAAAAAAAAUGAGAGAGAGGAAUGUCGGUGAAGUCUCCUGUGUUUCCUGGUUUCCUUUUGCGAUGGUCUGCAGGUCUGUGUCGUGAACGUUCCUGGAAAGUAAUUGUCCCAAACACACUUUUCCACCAUGAUGCUUUAAAAAAGAAAAUCAGAGAGCCCCUGAGAGCUUCCAAUCUAAAUAUGUUUUGCUCCCACUUGCAACAAAAAUCUACACUCUUAUUUGCUCUUGAAGUGCAAAUGGAGGCCUGCCUAGUUCCCUGAGGAACUUACCAUUAGAUACUUACCUGCUGCCAAGCCCGGAGAGUAGACACCUCUUAGAUCUAAUGACCAAAGGCAGAACAAGAUGAGGCGCCUGGGCGUUGAUGCUCGCCAUGGGCCAGGUGGGCAUGAGGUGCAGACUUUUAACAAGGGAGUCGACCACUCAGAGAGAUGGGUCAUGCAGUGUCCACCAUGUGCCAUAUUCAGUCACAGUUGUGUUCCUUUUUCUAAUUGCUCUAUUUGGGAUGGAGGAACUGCUGGGGUGAGUCUCCGGCCUUGGGCAGAGUGGCAGCAUCUUCUGGCCAUGACAUAGACUCAUAGACAAUUAGGGUUGGAAAGGGCCUUAGGAGGUUCUAGUCCAAUCCCCUGCUCAUGGCAGGACUAACACCAACUAAAUCAUCCCAGCCAGGGCUUUGUCAAGCUGGGCCUUAAAAACCUCUAAGGAUGGAGAUUCCACACUUCCCUAGGGAACCCAUUCCAGGGCUUCACCACCCUCCUAGGGAAAUAGUGUUUCCUAAUAUCCAACCUAGACCUCCCCCACUGCAACUUGAGACCAUUGCUCCUUGUUCUGUCAUCUGCUCCCACUGAGAACAGCCGAGCUCCAUCCUCUUUGGAACCCCCCUUCAGGGAGUUGAAGGCUGCUGUCAAAUCCCCCCUCACUCUUCUCUUCUCCAGACUAAACAAGCCCAGUUCCCUCAGCCUCUCCUCGUAAAUCAUGUGCCCCAGCCCCCUAAUCAUUUUGUUGCCCUCCACUGGACUCUCUCAAUUUGGCCACAUCCUUUCUGUAGUGGGGGCCCCAAAAUUGGACACAAUACUCCAGAUGUGGCCUCACCAGUGUUGAAUAGAGGGGAAUAAUCACUUCCCUCGAUCUGCUGGCAAUGCUCCUACUAAUGCAGCCCAAUAGGCCAUUAGCCUCCUUGACAACAAGGGCACACUGCUGAUUCAUAGCCAGCUCCUCGUCCACUGUAACCCCUAGGUCCUUUUCUGCAGAACUGCUGCUUAGCCAGUCGGUCCCCAGCCUGUAGCUGCGCAUGGGAUUCUUCCUAAGUGCAGGACUCUGCACUUGUCCUUGUUGAACCUCAUCAGAUUUCUUUUGGCCCAAUCCUCCAAUUUGUCUAGGCCCCUCUGUAUCCUAUCCCUACCCUCCAGCGUAUCUACCUCUCCCCUCAGCUUAGUGUCCUCUGCGAACUUGCUGAGGGUGCAAUCCACGCCAUCCUCCAGAUCAUUAAUAAAGAUGUUGAACAAAACCGGCCCGAGGACUGACCCUGGGGCACUCCACUUGAUACCGGCUGCCAACUAGACAUUGAACUGUUGAUCACUACCCAUUGAGCCAAACGAUCUAGCCAGCUUUCUAUCUAGGAUUUUAAACCAUGCAAUGAUUAUAUCUUUAACAAAUCCCACAUCAAAGUGAAGAGUUGGAAUAAAAACAAUUACCAUUAAAGAGAGCCAGUCGGCUAUAAAAUCUAUGGCCCCGCUGGUAGCAUUUCCAUUGCUCUGUCAACGAAGCAAUGCCGAUUGACACCUGCUGGGGAGUCUGGGCUCAUUGACCCAAUGGAGCUGCACCAAGGCUGAUCAGAACCCCAACCUGGGAGGUUCAAGCCAACGCCCCCUUAAAUAAUUCUCCAGGCAGUUGACAAAGCUGGUUGUAUCAUUCAUUUCAUGGGUGUCUUGUUCAUAGAUUCCCAGGCCAGAACCUCCCUGAAUGAAUUCCUGUUUGAACGAGAGCAUGGGUUUGUUUGACAGCAGGUGGAAAGAGAGAAACCUGGGGUUAUUUAAAAAACCAGGAACAUUGUGAAGCUGCCACCAAUGGCUGGGGCAAACCCUUUGGCAAAAUGGACUAACUUUUGAGUGGACAGCGCCCCCAAAUUUGGAUGAGAAACCAAGGGGGAAAAGCCAACAGCCCCUAGUUUAAGAUGGAUUUUAACUCCAUCUUAAAGUGAAUCCUAGAAUCUUUUAUCUCUCCCAUCCCCGCAAUGCAAAGGUUGGUUUAAACACAACAAGAAACUGUAA